UUCUAAAGAAGCCAAUCAGCUCUCCGCGGAUACCUGUUAGGAAGUUCUCAGACCAGCCAAACUCAGAUCCGCCACAGACGGGGAGGAUGCAGGUCACGGAGCCUCGAACCCUCCUGCUGGUGCUCUCGGGGUCCCUGGCCCUGACCGAGACCUGGGCAGGCCACCUUCACCACGGACCCAGGGACCCGCGUCUGGAGAAGGGUCAGACCCGGCCUCAGCCCCUCCCUGUUAUAGGAUCCCACUCGCUAAGAUACCUCCAUAUUUUGGUAUCCCGGCCCGGCCACGGUAGUGACCUUUACAGCUCUGUCGGUUUCUUGGACGACACGCAGUUCGUACGGUUCAGCAGCGAUGCCGCGAAUCCAAGGGUGGAGCCUCGGGCGCAGUGGAUGGAGCAGGAGGGGCGGGAAUAUUGGGAUCGUCAGACUGAUAUAGCCAAAGAACAUUCGAAGGCUUCAAGAUCGAACCUGCGGGUGAUCAUUGGCAACCACAACCAUAGCCAGUCGGAGUCGCACAGCUUUCUUUGGGUGUCCGGCUGCGACGUGGGAUCCGACGGGCGCAUCCUUCGAGGGUACGAGCAGUUCUCCUACGAUGGCGACGAUUACAUCGUUCUGAAUGAAGACCUGCGCUCCUGGACCGCGAUCAGUACAGUGGCUCAGAUCAUCCGGCGCAAGUGGGAGGCGGAGGGAGUAGCUGAACAGUAUCGGGCAUACUUGGAGAUCGAGUGUGUGGAGUGGCUCCGCAAGUACCUCGAGAAGGGGAAGGACGUGCUGCAGCGCGCAGUUCCUCCAAAGACUCAUGUGACCCGCCACCCCUUCUAUGACAAUAAAGUCACUCUAAGAUGCUGGGCCCUGGGCUUCUACCCUAAGGAGAUCUCCCUGACCUGGCAGCGUGACGGGGAGGACCAGACCCAGGACAUGGAGCUCGUGGAGACCAGGCCUUCAGGGGAUGGGACCUUCCAGAAGUGGGCGGCCCUGGUGGUGCCUUCUGGAGAGGAGCAGAGCUACACCUGCCAGGUGCAGCACGAGGGCCUGCAGGAGCCCCUCACCCUGAGAUGGAAGCCACCUCCUCUGUCCCUCAACCUCAUCAUGAUUUGCAUUGCUGUGAGUGUGCUUGUGGUCACUGUGCUUGGAACUGUGAUCUGGAGAAAGAGGAACUCAGGUGGAAAUAGAGGGAACUAUGUUCAGGCUGCAAGUAAGUAUGGAGGCAUAUAGGGGCGAGGGCGAGACCCUUGAGAGAGUGAGUGUUGAUGGAGCCCACUAGGGGGGCUCACCUAGCCCAUAGUAUUUCCUUUAGCCUCACUUCCUAUGGGCCCUUACACAGUUCUUUACUAUUCUACUCCAGGCAGACAGGAUCCAGGGCUCUAACAUAUCUCUCAUGGCUUCUUUUUUUGUUGUUGUCUUUAUAUUUUUUCUCAUGGCUUCCAAAAGUGAGGCUCUGGAGGCCCUGAAGAGAGAGAAGGGUUGGGUUAUGGGGACUCUCUGGA